UAACACACUGAAGGUCUCCGGUUCGAGUCCGGGCGAAGCCAUUUUUUAUCUCUUUUUGUUUUUUUUUAUGCACAUCAUACUAUUUUCUGUGUUCACUGCUUUAGUCUUCUUCUUCAUCCCACUAGUAACCAUUUUCAAGAACUGUUCUUUCCACAAAAACACAAAUAAAAAAAGAAUCUUUAGCAAGGUGAAGAUUCUGUUUUUCCCCUGUUUCCAUUCCAAGCAGACUUUUUAGACUAAAAAAGAAACAAAAGUUUUUUUAGCAAGGUGUUUCUAGCCAAUUUAUCUAAAAUCUGUUUGGAUGAGUAUAUAUACUGCCGAAAAAAUUGUUUAAGAUUGAGUGGAUUGCCCUUCUACAUACGGACGGAGAAGGUAAUGUGUCAGAAAUAAGACAUACACAUAAAUAACUAAAAUAGCUGCAAAGGAUGGGUGGUUGCUGUUGCUCUUCAAGGAAGCCUCCCCAGCUUCAUGGAACACCAGUUUUUUACUAUUUCCCACCAGUUUCUGAAGAGUAUGACUCGCUGACAUCUGAUGAUAGCGCUGCUACUGCAUUUACGUCUGGCCUCCUGGAUGAUUUGAACCUAGAUAGAUCAACACCCAACACUUACCGCUCUCCACCUGCACCAAUUCCAUUUGAAGUAGUUUUGGGGCAUCCACAGUCAAGAGGGUCCCAGUUCACCGAUGAAACAGUACUUCAACAUGGCUAUGAGAUGACUGCUUGUAAAGAUAUUAGGUUAACUGAUUGCAAAGCUGAAACGGAGUCUCUUCUUGCCUCCCUAAAGAAAACAGGGAUUGACCUUGUAAAAUCUAAGUCACCUAUUAUUAAAUCAGCAGAAGAAGAGGAUGUUUGUCCCACUUGUCUUGAAGAGUAUGAUGCUGACAAUCCAAGAAUAGUCACAAAAUGUAACCACCAUUUUCAUCUUUCAUGCAUCCUUGAGUGGAUGGAAAGAAGUGAAACAUGCCCAAUAUGCAACCAGGAAAUGAUAUAUGAAGCUCUAUGAAGCUUUUCUAAUCGAAUGUUCCUUAGCUGGUAGAUGUCAAUACCUGCCUAUACAAGCAGUAUAAACACAUGAGGGCUGUUAUUUUUCACUUGGAGGCUUGGCCUUGUUCACUCAUAAAAAAUGUAAAUUAUCUAUGUAUAUGAAGCUUGUGUUAGUAAAUCCUGCUGUUGAUGAAGAUCAACCGAUGCGCGGCUGCAUAUUUGCUGAAGGGAGCUAAUUGCAGCCCAAGAACAAAAAGAAGCUUUAGUGUUGCAUUUGAUGUUUGGGAGGUUAAAUUCUGAAUCAGAUGCUUUCAAUUGUGCUUCUGAGUGUUGUGCAUGUACUCUUUUCUUGUAAUUUUAUGUUCAACUGCUGUACAGAUUCUUCUGUCAAAGAUAAUAGCAAUGGCAUAUUCCCCAAGUUUUAUACUUGAACUGGUGGGGAGAA